AUGCUUUCUGCAAUUAAAGCCCUGAAUGAAGAGGAUAUAACCUUAUAUAAUCAUGAAGUUAAAAACAUAAAUGAAGAUCAUAGAAUAAAAGGAGGAAGAUUAGAUAUAUUAGAAAUUUUGGAUAAAAAAUUCAUAAGAAGCAGCGCCACCUCAAGAAGAAACAAAGACGUAAUGUUCUUAGAAGACCUACUCGAAGCAGAUGGUAUUAACAUGUUAAAAUGGAAACAUUUGUGUAAGGAGAAAGGAUUAAACACGAAAGAGAAGACUCCAAAAUGGUUCAUAGAUAUAGAAGGAAAAAUUUUAGAAGACGAAAAUAGAAUAAUUAGGAAAAUUAAAAAAGAAUAUAUAGGACAAGUUGUAAAAAGUAAUAUUCAUAUUAAUCUUUUCAAUGAGAACAAGAAAAAAAUUAAAAAUAAGAUUAUUACAUGGAAUGAAGAAGGAGAUUUUCCUAUUUUUUGUGAGGAUAAGAAAAAAUCUCAAAGUAAAAAACAUAAGAAGAUAGGUUUGCACUUAGAACUUAUUAAUGACAAAAUAGAUAUAAAUAAUUCACCUUUUCUACGAAAAUGCGAAGGGUGCUUUAGAAAUAUCAGAAAAAAGAAUAGAGAAAACAAAGAAUGUCUUAUAUAUAUAGAAGAAGAAGCUAGCAGAUUAAUAGAAAAAAGAAAAGAAAAUAAUUAUAUAAAACUGUAUGAAAUCUUAAACAAUAUAAUCAAUAAAAACAAUUGCGUCAAAAAAGUUAUAGAAAUAGAAAAUAGAGAUGAAAAUUACAGCGAAAAAAUAGAAAAAAUAGAUAAUAUAAUUCAAUCAGAAAAGGAAUUUAUUAACAUUAUAUCUAUGAAAAAGAUGAAAAAGAAAUUAAUGAAAAAUCUAAAGAAGAAUAGGAUAUUAGAAGAAAAUUCAGAAACAUUCUUAUUAGCGAAACAUGAGGGUAAUAGCGAUAAUGAAUACAAAAUAAUUCUAAGAAGUUUAGUAAUGGGUCUUUUAAUAAUAGAAAAUAAUAAAGACAACAAAAUAAAAAUUGCGAAGAUAAAUGAUUAUGAUCACAGAAUAACAAAGAGUUUGGGAGUCAAAGCAAGAGAAAUUCUAAAAGAAGAAAAUAAUACGUUAGAAUAUAACUUUGAGAUAAAUAACGAGGCCCUCUUAAUCAAUGAAUUUAAUUUAUAUUGGAAUCAAAGAUUGAUUACUGGAGGAUACAGAAGUUGGAGGAAAAAAGUUACAAACGCAAUAUGGAAGAACGAGAUGCUAAACAGUAAUAGAUUAGACGAUUUAUUCAUGUAUAAUUUCAAGAAAGAAUUCAACUGGAAAACUACCUUGGAAUUUAUAAGUAACAGAAUAGAAUUCUCUAAAAGGCAGUGUGGAGAUAAAGAUACACAUGAAAGAUCAUAUAGGAUUAAGAACCUUUUAAAAGAACAACUAACUUACAAAUUGAUUAAUUUAUUCGAGCAACAAUUAAAAAAUCUGAAUCAAGAAGAAAAUAUAAAGAUCAUAAGGAAUUUUAACAUCGAAUUUUUAAAUAUCUUAGAAAGUCCUUCAGUUAUCUUAAGAGGCAAAAGCAGAAUUUGGAAAUUGAUUAGAGGUAUAUAUAAUAAUCAAUUCAACAAUCUAUUCAAGAAAAAAGAAGAAACAAAUUUAAUAAAACGUUUAUGGAGAUUUACAUACAACGAAAUCAAAAAUCAAAUAUGGAUUCCGAGAUGCGAUGAAAUUAAAAGACUAGAAGAAAAAGAGAAUAUUAAAAAGACUGAUUUAAGAAAAAGGAAAAUCGAUCAAAAAGAUAAUUUGGAUAAGAACAAGGGAAAAAGAAAAUUGAAAAAAACAAAAACAGAAGAUAAUAUAGAAAAAACAAAUAAAAAUAAAUUAGAAAAAAAUAUUAAAUUAGCAACGCUUACGAAGCUUAAAGGUAAAAUAGUAGACAGGAUCAAUAUAGAUAAUAUAUGGGAUAUGACAGUUAAAAUAGCAAAUUAUAUAGACUAA